UUGUAUUAGUUUUGUAGUGGUAACAAUUUAGUCUUUUUAUAAUCGUGCACGGACCAUGGAUGCGGACCAGGAGCAGUUCCGUCAACUUUUGAACACAUUAUUAUCCACUGACAAUGAUAUUCGAUCACAAGCUGAGGAAGCAUAUAACAAUUUACCAAUUGAAAUAAAAGUAACAGUCUUAUUAGAAACAAUUCAAAAUGUGGAAAUGGGAGAAGAAAUACGACAAAUGGCGGCCGUAUUAUUACGACGUUUAUUUGCAAAUGAUUUCAGUGACUUCUACACAAAAUUAAAUCCAGAGGCUCAAGCACAAUUAAAAGAGCGUGUAUUAAUUUGUGUACAACAGGAACAAAAUGAUGCAAUGCGUCGUAAAGUAUGUGAAGUUGCUGCUGAAAUGGCCCGUAAUUUAGUUGAUGAUGAUGGCAAUAAUCAAUGGCCUGAAUUCCUGUUAUUCUUAUUUCAAUGUGCGAAUUCAACAAAUCCAGCUAUGAAAGAUUCAGCAUUACGUAUGUUUACCGUUGUACCGGGUGUGUUUGGUAAUCAACAAGCAAACUAUUUGGAUUUGAUCAAACAAAUGUUACAACAAUCAUUAAUGCCAAAUCAAACGUAUGAGGUACGAUUUCAAGCGGUACGAGCAGCUGGUGCCUUUAUAUUGUUACAUGAAAAAGAAACACCAAUUUUAAAACAUUUUGGGGAUCUGUUGCCAGGAAUGAUACAAGUACUUACUGAAAGUAUCGAAAAACAAGAUGAUGAUACUUUAUUAAAAGUAUUAAUUGACAUGGCCGAAUGUACACCAAAAUAUUUACGACCACAAUUACAUAUUGUUUUUGAAAUAUGUAUGAAAGUAUUUAGUAAUACUGAAAUUAUGGAUAGUUGGCGACAAUUGGCAUUAGAAGUUAUGGUCACCAUGUCUGAAACAGCACCAGCAAUGGUCCGUAAAGUAUGUAAUAAAUAUGUUGAAGCACUUAUACCAUUAAUAUUACAAAUGAUGACCGACUUGGAAGACGAAGACGAUUGGAGUGUUAGUGAUGAACUCGUUGAAGAUGACAAUGAUAGCAAUAACAUUGCGGCCGAAUCAGCUUUAGAUCGUCUUUCAUGUGGCUUAGGCGGAAAAACAAUAUUACCUCAAGUAAUGGCAGCUAUUCCAUCCAUGUUACAAAAUCAUGAUUGGAAGCAAAGACAUGCAGCUUUAAUGGCUGUAAGUGCUAUCGGAGAAGGAUGUCACAAACAAAUGGAAGCAAUGUUAGGUCAAAUUAUGGAUGCUGUUCUGAAAUUUUUAUGCGAUCCUCAUCCACGAGUCCGUUAUGCUGCUUGUAAUGCAAUUGGUCAAAUGUCCACAGAUUUUGCACCAAUAUUUGAAAAGAAAUUUCAUGAUAAAAUUGUUCCUGGUCUUCUUAUGGUGUUAGAUGAUAAUGCAAAUCCACGUGUGCAGGCACAUGCUGGCGCUGCUCUAGUUAACUUUUCGGAGGAUUGUCCAAAAAAUAUUUUAACACCUUAUUUGGAUGCUAUUAUGCAAAAAUUAGAAGCAAUAUUAACUGCUAAAUUUAAUGAGCUUGUACAGCGAGGAACAAAACUUGUUUUGGAACAAGUGGUGACAACAAUUGCAUCAGUGGCUGACACAUCUGAGAAAGAGUUCGUAACAUAUUACGAUCGCCUCAUACCAUGUUUGAAAUACAUUAUUCAAAAUGCGAACACUGAGGAAUUAAAAAUGUUACGUGGCAAAACAAUUGAAUGUAUAUCAUUGAUUGGUCUAGCUGUGGGUUCAGAAAAAUUUAUGCGUGAUGCUGGUGAAAUUAUGGACAUGCUAUUAAAAACACAUACAGAAGGCGAACUAGCUGACGAUGAUCCUCAAACUAGCUACUUAAUAUCAGCUUGGGCACGAAUAUGUAAAAUAUUGGGCAAACAAUUCGAACAAUAUUUACCUCUAGUAAUGGGCCCAGUAAUGCGUACCGCAUCAAUGAAACCCGAAGUUGCUUUAUUAGAUAACGAAGAUAUGGAAGGUGUCGAAGGUGAUGUUGAUUGGCAAUUUGUAUCGUUGGGAGAACAACAAAACUUUGGAGUGCGCACAGCUGGACUUGAAGAUAAAGCAUCCGCUUGUGAAAUGUUAGUAUGUUAUGCGCGUGAAUUAAAAGAAGGAUUUGCUGAUUACGCUGAAGAUGUUGUUCGAUUAAUGGUACCUAUGUUGAAAUUUUAUUUCCAUGAUGGUGUCCGAACUGCUGCGGCUGAAUCACUUCCCUAUUUAUUAGAUUGUGCAAAAAUCAAAGGUCCGCAAUAUUUAGCAAAUAUGUGGAAUUUUAUCUGUCCUGACUUAUUAAAAGCAAUCGAUACCGAACCAGAAUCCGAAGUGAAAUUUGAACUAAUGCAUUCGUUAGCUAAAUGUAUUGAAACACUCGGUGCUGGAUGUUUGAAUGAAGAUUCCAUGCAUGAAUUACUACGUAUUAUUCAUCGUUUGAUGAAAGAACACUUCGAUCGGGAUGUUCAAAGACAUGAAAAACGUUUAGACGAAGAUUAUGACGAAGUAGUUGAAGAACAAUUGGAAGACGAAGAUAAUCAAGAUAUUUACACCCUAUCCAAAAUUGCCGAUAUAGUUCAUUCACUCUUCUCCACCUAUAAAACAGAUUUUCUACCAUUCUUUGAUCAAAUAUGUCCAUUAUUUGCACAAUUAUUAGAACCUGAACGACCAUGGUCGGAUCAUCAGUGGGGUCUAUGUAUAUUUGAUGAUGUUAUCGAAUUCACUGGCCCGGCUUGUGUUAAAUACGAAGCAAUCUUUUUACGUCCAUUGAUUGCAUAUGCAACAGAUAAAUCGGGUGAUGUACGACAAGCUGCAGCCUAUGGUCUUGGUGUGUUAGGACAAUAUGGUGGUGAACAUUUCUCACAACAUUUAAUUGAAGUAAUACCAAUAUUAAUAAAAGUAAUCAAUGAUCCAGAAAGUAAAAAAAUGGAGAAUAUCAAUCCAACAGAGAAUGCUAUAUCAGCGGUAACAAAAAUAUUAAAAUAUAAUAGUGGUGUGAUAAAUGUGAAUGAUAUAUUACCGCAUUGGUUAAGUUGGUUACCAGUGUUUGAGGAUGAAGAUGAAGCACCACAUGUUUAUGGAUAUCUCUGUGAUUUAAUUGAAGAAAAUAAUACAAUUGUAUUAGGGCCAGAUAAUGCGAAUAUACCACAUUUAUUGAAAAUAUUUGCAACAGCCUUUCAAAAAGAAGCAAUCCAUUCUAAAUUAGAUGUUUCAAAACGAAUAUGUAAUAUUAUUCGUUAUAUUCAGAGAAACGAACAACUGUUCCAAGGAUGUUUAGCCACAAUGAAUGCAGAACAACAACAGGCCUUAUUAGAAGCGCUGAGUGCUACAAGUUAAGUUAUAUAUAUUAUUAAAAUAUAU